AUGUCUUAUAAUCAAGGCCCACACAGCGGGCUACAACGCCCUUACAACGGGCCAGCAAUACAGCGACAGAUGCCGCGCCAAAACCACAACACACCACAAUUGUCACAGCAAGAAUCCCAAUAUCAGUAUGAUAAUAAUGGUUAUAAUUACGGAAAUUAUGCACCGGCCCAAGACUAUACAACUGUCAAUCAGGAUCAUCACAGCGGGGCAAGAUCAAAUGGUUAUCCAUCGUCAAACCAAAGAUAUAAUCCUUCGCAACAAAUCCAGGAUUCUUUUACAGACUUAAGGAGUUUCCCAUCUCAGCGGAGUCGAGAUGCUAAUCCACCUGUACAGCGACCAGCUACUGCAGAUGGCAUGAGGGGUGGGUACAGAGACCCUGCAGGGCAAGGUAGAACGUACUCUAAUAAUCGACCCAUGGUAAGAGAUGGGAAUAAUCCUUCUCUUAUGAGAAGAUCUGACACAGCAGACUCGGGAAGGGCCCCAGUUGCUCGAAAACCCCUAGUUGCUCCUCUGAAAUCGCCUGAUCAACCUGCUUGGGACAAUCCAUUCCCUACAUUUCCUGGAACCCAAAAAAAAACAUCUCGUACUGAGGAGCGAGAGAUUUUACGGAAAAUGGAAACACUGGAAAUAAAUGAUGCACAACCAUCUGGCCCUAAGGAUAAGCAAACAAAGUAUCCGAAUUCACGAGGUACUCCAUCAAACCGAUCUGAGUAUCCUCCUGGAAGAAACCUUCAGCAAGGAUCAUCUGAAGAUUAUGGUCGAAUGGGUCCUGAAAAUCCGAAUGCUACAAGAGAAUAUCCCCCCUCAGACUAUGCUCAAGGAUAUUCAGGUCAGAGAAGAGAUAUGCAAAGACCAGGGUAUGGCCCCUCUAAUAACAGAAAUGUUUAUCCCGGCCCAGGUAACGAUAACGGAAGAUUUGGUAAUCCACCUGAUAUUUAUGGUAAUGGAAAUCCUACUCCCAUUGUCCGGAGUAUGACAACACCGAUAAAAGCUCCCACGGCUGUCCGAAAUGGCCCCCCUGGACCUUUAGCAGCUGGUUUUGGUGAGAGUUAUCAAAAUGGACCUCCUCGGGGCGUGCCUACGAGACCGUCAACCGCUUCUGGGACCAAACCACAACAAACCUACUUCAAACAGAAUGUAGAUUUUGGCUCUGGUCUAAACGUAGAUGAGUCCUACCAAAAUAGCCACCAGCGAAAUGAGAGUGUCAGUGACCUAUACGAUAAUUACUACCGCCCAGAAAAUAUAGUAGAGCCUCAUUUAUACGGCGUCGAAAUGCCUGAUUUUGAUGCCAAUCCUGCCAAACCUCACAGAAGAGGUGCGUCUUUCGAUGAACAUAUCCAAGCACCCGCGCAAAAUUACAGCAGCAAAAAUGUAAUGACGGCAAUACAACCACAGACAGACGCACGCGGAAUUAUUUAUCAAAAUCAGUCUCAAGCUGGUGAAUUUGUUCCAAAUACUGAAAACUAUAGAUACGACAACUGGUAUGAAAAUGAUCCAUAUAAUCAAGGAAUAAAUCCUUCCAUGAAUACAGAAUAUAAUGAUUACAAUGAUUAUAAUGAACCACCGCCCAGUACAUUUCAUGCACCACCGCGGACAACAUCUGCCGCUACAUAUACGGAGUCAAAUGGCAAUCAAAACUAUGCUGAAAAUGGAUAUAAUGACCCAGCUAGUGUUCGUUAUGCUAGUAGCACGCUUGAAAAAGUGUCUGAUGAUACUUUACCGCUACAUCCACAACCUCUCCGAACAGGAACAAUUUCGAACCCAGCCAUACCACAAGCAAAAAAUAAGCCUAUGCCUAUCCGAAACUACAAUAACUCUACGCCUGUUCAACUACCUCGGAAUCCGUCUCUAGACAUAAAUUCAGUAGCUAAAACGAACUCUCCAUCCGAAACAGCCAUGGAGCUUGAAAGCUUGCGAAAUUUCGCCAAACUUAAUCCAACUGAUCAGACAGCUCAGCUUCAACUUGCCCGCUGUCUCGUUGAUGCCUCCGAAGCCUCUGUCCAGGCCAUACCAGAUCAGCGUGCCCGAAACAAAGCUCGCGAAAAGUAUAUUAUGGAUGCUCACAAAAUCCUAAAGAAGCUCGCUGCUCAACAGUACGUUGAAGCCAUGUUCUUCCUCGCAGACUGUUAUGGGAAAGGUACUUUUGGGGUAGAGGCAGACUACAAAGAAGCAUUUUCGCUAUACCAAUCAGCUGCCAAGGCUGGUCACGCUGCUGCUGCCUACCGCACUGCAGUCUGCUGUGAACUCGGCAACGAGGAGGGUGGUGGUACACGAAAAGACCCGCUAAAAGCUAUACAGUGGUAUAAAAGGGCUGCUACACUUGGGGAUACUCCUGCAAUGUAUAAAAUGGGGAUUGUUCUAUUGAAGGGCCUUCUUGGUCAAACUCGUAAUCCUAGGGAAGCUAUCGGUUGGUUGAAGCGUGCUGCUGAACGCGCCGACCCUGAAAACCCUCACGCACUUCACGAACUAGCGUUACUUUAUGAGCAACCCCAAGCGACUGAGACGUCAAUUAUACGCGACGAAGUUUAUUCCUUCCAGCUCUUCCAACAAGCUGCUGAUCUGGGAUAUAAAUUCUCACAAUUUCGAUUAGGUUGUGCUUAUGAAUAUGGUCUAUUUAAUUGUCCCAUCGAUCCAAGGCUAAGCAUUCUAUGGUACUCACGUGCUGCUGCUCAGGAAGAACAUCAAUCAGAACUGGCUCUAAGUGGAUGGUACCUGACUGGGAGUGAGGGCGUGCUACAACAGAGUGAUACAGAAGCUUACCUAUGGGCAAGAAAGGCGGCCUUGGCAGGACUAGCAAAAGCAGAGUAUGCAAUGGGCUACUUUACUGAGGUUGGAAUUGGCAGUCCAGGGAAUUUAGAGGAUGCAAAAAGAUGGUAUUGGAGGGCAGCAGCCCAAAACUUCCCGAAGGCUCGCGAACGAUUAGAGGAUUUGAAAAAGGGCGGUAGUAAAGCGGCUCUCAGAACCCGUGAGAAGAUCUCGCGCUCCAAGAAGAACACCAAAGAUGGCUUGUAUUAA